CCCUCACAUGAAAAAAGAUUCUACGAACAACAAUCGCCGGUCGAGCUCCUCCGCACUUGGGAUUCUUUCUCUUUCCUUCUCAGACACCAAAUCCACUCCUCAUCUCUCACUCUAGAUUGCCCAAAUCAUUCUCCGUCUCCGUCUUUCUCCUGCUGACCAGACACCUAAAAUUGCUCUGUUCAUUUCCUCCAUCUCUAUAUCUCUCUUUUUCUAUGCAUAUAUAUAGAUAUACACUCAAUUACACGUACAGAGAAUUCAGAUAUUUUUAUUUUCUUGGACUGGAAUCGGAAUUUUCUGUUGAGGUAUUGUUGAAUUUGGUAAUCAUUUCCAUGCUUGAUUACGUGAUAAAUGUAUAGGAAUGGCGAUGCACAGGCAAUCUGGACACCAUUACUCAAACGGCAACUCGGAUCAUGUGUCAGUCGGGAUUCAUACUCCGUAUUCUCAGCAGCAGCACAAGCCGGUGAGGGUUCGCCGAUCCUCUCGAUCUGAUAAGGGCAGCGUUGCUGCUUUCCAGAUAGGAGCGGUCAUUCUGGUUAUAUGCGUUGUUCUUUCUGUCAUUGUUUUAGGUUACUAUUACCUCUCUGCGGAUGAUAAAGAAAUAACUCCUCAUCAUCUUGAUGAUGGUGAGAUAAAGAAUGAUGUGGAUUUUCUUACAAAUGUUAUACGAACAAACAAUUUUAAAGUCCUUGGGUUUGGCCAAGGUUCAGUAGGACAUGGACGGGAUUCUAGGUAUUGGGAUAGGGAUGAUAGAAGAAGAGAUGGAGAAUAUGACGAGGAUGAUGCGGCUCAUGAUGGCAAGGACGCUAGGGGUGCAUCUGCUGGAAAGGACCAUGAUCCAGUGGAAGUGAAGGGUGGAAAGGAGAGGACUUCUCAUGAUGGUCUUUUUAAGGGUUUAGACCAAAGAGGCGUUGGCUUGUACAAUGAAGAUGGGCGUAAUGAAUUAAAAAGAUAUGAAGCAGAAUAUGAGGCCUCUCUAAAUAAUACUAGUCACUCAAGAAAGGAAAAUGACAUUAAAAAUCGGGUACUUGAUGAUGAGGAUCACGGAGAGCAGAAUGAGCUAGUUGAUACCGGUAAUGAGUAUGAUGAUGGUAUUGAUUCCCAUGAUCCUCUUGUGGAGGCAUAUGGCAAUUCUAAAAAUGAAAGUGGUGACCACACUGCUAUAAGUAUAUCCCGUGACAAAGAUAGUAGAGAGUCCUCUAAUUUACAUGAUGAGAAAACUGAGGAUCAAAGUAUUGCCAAGGACAAUCAGGAAUUUUCUGAGAAUAUGUUAGAGAAGUCUUUGAUUUCCAGAAUUUUGGAUAACAUCCACACUAAUUCUCAACUUGUUCAUACCAGUGGCAGUCAAUCUACAACUAAAUCAUGGUCAGAUUCAAAAAUAAAAUCAAGGCGCCGGAAAUUUUCUGGGUCUUGUGAUAUGAAAUUUCUAAAUUCCACUUCACAGCUUGUGGACCCUUUUGAAAGUCAUAAAUUUGCAAGAUUUUCCUUGCAGUAUGUGGAAAUGGAGGAGAGGCCUAAUGUGGAUGAAGAAUGGGAACCCAGAUUUGCUGGGCAUCAGAGCUUGCGAGAACGUGAAGGAUCAUUUUUGGUUCAUGAUCAAAAAAUACAUUGUGGCUUCAUCAAAGGUCCUGAAGGAUCCCCAAGUACAGGAUUUGAUUUGGCAGAAGAUGAUGAAAAUUAUAUCAGUAGAUGCCACAUUGCUGUAAUCUCUUGUAUCUUUGGAAAUUCAGAUCGGUUGAGGUCACCUACUCGUAGAAAGGUCACGCGAUUCUCAAGGAAAAACGUCUGCUUUGUUAUGUUUGUGGAUGAAGUUACUUUGCAGACACUUUCUUCUGAAGGCCAAAUGCCAGAUACAGCAGGUUUUAUUGGUUUAUGGAAGAUUGUGGUGGCAAAGAAUCUACCGUAUACUGAUAUGCGAAGAGUUGGCAAAAUACCAAAAUUGUUGCCACACCGUCUUUUCCCUUCUGCAAGGUAUUCAAUAUGGUUGGAUAGCAAACUACGUUUUCAACUUGAUCCUUUGCUUGUUCUGGAAUAUUUUCUGUGGCGAAAAGGUCAUGAAUAUGCCAUUUCUAAUCACUACAAUCGCCAUUGUAUAUGGGAAGAGGUUGCACAGAACAAGAGAUUGAACAAGUAUAACCAUACUGUUAUAGAUCAGCAAUUUACUUUCUAUCAGGCUGAUGGACUGAAAAGAUUCAAUGCCUCUGAUCCAAACAAGCUUCUUCCCAGCAAUGUACCUGAAGGGUCUUUUAUUGUAAGAGCACAUACUUCAAUGUCAAACCUUUUCAAUUGUCUUUGGUUCAAUGAGGUUGAUCGCUUUACUCCUCGUGAUCAAUUGAGUUUUGCAUAUACAUACCAGAAAUUGAGAAGGAUGAAUCCUGGCAGACCAUUUCACCUAAACAUGUUCAAGGAUUGCGAGAGAAGAGCCAUAGCAAAAUUGUUUCGACACAGAUCAGAUGAGAAGCGAAAUGUUCUUCAUCAACAUCAGCAAGCAACCGAAUAAGAUGCAUGAGAUACUUUCUUUUACGAAGCCUGUUUCUAUACAUUAUUCUUUGCCACACAAAUAUUUAUUUCCUGAUGAUGGUAUCCUCUACUCUGAAAGCCCAGAUUGUUACAGAAGUACUGGUUGCUGAGGACGUACUUGGAAAUACAUAGCGGAUGCAAGACUUUAUAGUGAUUUGUUGGAGGCGAGGUAUUGCUGCAACUCCCUCCUACUUCAAUUGAAUACAAAAUACAUAUCUCUAUGGAAAAGUAACUAGCUAUAAUACUAAAAGCUUCUUCAUUCCACUCUCAAUUCUUUGUCCCAUAUUGAGGUCAGCCAUGUACUCAAAUGCCCUUUUGUACCAUUACCUCCCUCUAAUAGAACCACAGAUUUUACAUUUCUAUCAAUUUUUUUCUUAUGGGUUGGAAAUCCAUAUUGGUUAUUUUGUAACAAAUUUUGAUUGGUGAACUCGUGUAUGAUAAUAUUCAUGGCAAGUUCUGGUUAUUUUAUCGAUA